GGACGUCUUUACGUCAACUUAAGGCUCUAUGACAAAAGCUACCCGUGAGGUGGUGGUAGCGGUUCCCGAAACAUGUGUCUUAUUGAUUGGUUGACAUGCAGAGUAUGACCGGAGAUGGGAAUCUCCCAGCCGCCUGAAUCAGCGAUUAACGUGACUGCAGCGGGUCAACUGGAGCGUUGAAGCACCCAGAGGUAACCGGGGCUCUUUGUUUAUUCAAGAGAAGAUGGCGGAGUUUUCGCCCGUCCUGCCGAUGCGGGAUAGAGGAGGAGGACGUUUUGGCCAGCCCAUCUUCCCUCGGUCCAGGUCCGGUUCCGAGUCCGAGAGCGAACUGUCCCAGGGUCUGGCCCGGACCAAGAUCCGGUCGUACGGAAGCACAGCUAGCGUCACGUCCUCCCUGGGGGAGAAGUACAUAGAGCAUCGUGUUACAGACAGUGAUACCCUACAAGGGAUUGCUCUCAAAUACGGUGUCACGAUGGAGCAAAUCAAGAGAGCCAACAAGCUGUUCAGCAACGACUGCAUUUUUCUGAAGAACAGCCUCAACAUCCCCGUGGUGUCGGAGAAGCGCUACAUAUUUAACGGACUGUCUCUGGACUCUCCCGACGGGGACGGUGAAGCAGCAGAUCCACCCUGUGUUAUGUUGCGUGAGUUCGAAGGGCCCUCACCGCCCCCCGAGGACUCCAAACCCCCCCAGCCAGAGGAGCUGUCAGCCAAAGACUUCUUACACAGACUGGACUUGCAAAUCAAACAAUCCAAGCAGGCGGCACGCAGGCUGAAAGAAGAGGAAGUAAGAAACGAUCAGGAGGACUACACGGCCCCCACGUCGUCAUAUCAGGAGAUAUAAAGGAUAAAGGACCCGUCCGUUUUCUGCAGACACACACGCUCCAACAUACAAACAGUACUGCAACCACAUCGCUUUUCUUUUUCUUUUUCUUUUUUUUUUUU